AUGUUCUCGUGCCGCCUUCUUAAGAGCGGCUACGUGCGGAUGUGGAGAGGGGGGGCGUUGAAGACUUAUGCCGGGGGUGGACACGCACCUCCCAAAAUGCCCCGGGUCUCGAGGGUUCGAGGUUUGGUUAUGGUGGGACCGGCCGUUUUCCAGAGUUCCAAGUUACUAAUUAGUAUUGCAAUAGCCCCAAGUAUUACGGAGUCGAGUCUGGGUGCUUUUUCAAGACAAAGGAUACAAGCAUCCAACGACGUGGUUUUUGACAGGCGACAGGCUAAUAAAGCCGUCCCCAGGUGGCACGGUGGCACACCCCAGCAUUUGGAGAAACAAGACACAUCGCCCACUUUUUGCCCCAUGAGGAGGCUGGGAAGGCGUCCAGGCAUUGGAUGGCCACCGGGGGGGUCAAUGGGUUCAUCAAUUCCAUUGCAUGCAAUCCGGGUCUCACUGAUCAAUCACGAUAGGACUUGGACGGCCGUUCCUACAUCCGUGCCGCCGAAUCCCGUCAUUGCCGACCAUUUGAUGCCCGCGGCCUCCGACCCACGGAGCCAGCUCAACCGGUGA